CCACGAUGCUCAUUAUURAUUAACRGAGAUGCUGGACAGUCGACGAGGUGUCUGCGAGUACAAGCUGCAUAGAGAUUAAUCUUUUUGAGCACAAAUGGAUACAAGCUCUUCGGCCGUCUCUUUCAAAGCUGAAAAUGCUCUGAAGAUACUUACGCCAUGGUGGGAUGUAGUUCUGAAGUACAUAACAUCAGCGAUAUUAACUAUCGCACUUGGGACAUUACCCAUACAAGCAGCAAAAGAUUCCCUGGCUUGCGUCGUCGUGGUUGAAUGUCCAAACUCAACAWCAGGRACUGAUGAGMGAAUUUGCGAAAUAAGCGAUAAAUCAGCKCUUUCAACUUACACGARCUUGGCAUGUUUUGAUUCGUUGAGCAUCUCUGCUCAAUUUUUUUACGUCAUCCUGCUUGGCGAAGCUGUAGCUCUCCUUUUUGCCAAUAACAUAUGGGCAGUGCUUAACCCCAAAACAGCAUUGACUUUGAGUCACUUUAUAAGCAUUGUGUCAGAAUGCUAUGACUCAAUUGGAACGCCAGAGCAAAUAUCCCRGCUGUUGGAUCCWACUCGAGAAGAGGGGAAAAUGGAACGUCAUGCAGACGAAGGGCAGCCUACGAGAGAGAUGGGACCUUUAGUGCAMUGUGGAUCAUCAACUGCAAGCGUCGAACGCGACCCUGAGCUCGACAAUGAUUCCAAAUCAAGAAUCAAAACUAUCUACCACAAAGUUAAGAAAUUCAGCGAUGCGCAAAUCCAAAAGAAAUCUYUAUUUUUUCUGUAUCUUUUUCAACAAUUUCUGCAAUUGUUUUUCUCUWGCACGAUUAUUGCAAUCAAUAUUGUGUUUUUCCGUUCUUUUGAGCAAGAUUUUAAAUGCACAAUUGAAAAUAAUGAGUUUUUACCAAUGAAGUAUGACUAUAUUGCUUGCCAUAGGUAUAUAGCGUCGUUGUAUACUACAAUAUCUUGGGUUUUCAUCAGCUUUGUAACUUUAUACUUUUUGGUGGCAAUUGCAGUUUGUGUUUUUAUGCGAAUGAGCGCAAACAUUCCGGUGUUCACCAGAUCAAAUGAUUUGGAUUUUCUUUGCUUUUUGUUGAACCAAUAUAGUACUUUCCAAUACGAAAGAUUUGCGCUGUUUGACCGCAACGCCAAGUAUCGUUUUACGAAAGCACGCGGCAGUUUCAAUUCUGCAUAUAAGAGUUUCCCUGAAGUCGAAGGCUUUCAGAAGUUUACGUGAUUUAAGAAAUAAAAGACGAAAUUCCGUGUUUGAUACUCUGAUCAAAACACGC